CCUCUAAAUAAGUUGUCAAAUUGGCAGCAGCAUAAGCAUAUAUCCAACGUCAGCAUAAAAUACUCGUAUAUUAUCCUUAUCCUUCUUCUUCGUUUUUCUUCCGCCCUCUCUCUCUCUCCCUCUUCCUCUCUCAAUUCACAGUAGUGAUAGAAACACGGUGUUCAAUUUCGUAUUGCUUCACCGAUUUCGGUAACAACGGUAUAUAUUUCUCUAUCUGUUUAUCAAUUACUUUUCAGUGCAGUGGAAGGUCUUCAACAAUGGCGUCGAUAUGCCCGCCGACGUUCCCGUCGCCGCGUACGGAUCCCAAUCCCCAGAAGCUUAACUUUGUUCAUUCGAGAUUCAGCUCCUCCAAGCUCGGGAGAAGAUUGCAAUCGGGAGUUUCUCUGUCUAGGGUUCCUGAUUUCUCUUUCAGCUGCCGUUGCAGCGAUAAGAGAAGUGGCGGCGGUGAUAGCUCCGAUUCAGGUGCUGAGGACGCGUGGCGGUGGGACUUCGGUAUUCAGGAGACUUUUAGGAAUGCAAUUAAGCGUUUUGAUGAUUACUUGAGUUCGUUGAGGGAUCAGAGGGCAGAUGGAACUCUGGUUGUGGCAGAGAAAUGGGGAGAUGAAGAGGAGGAUGGAGAGGAGUGGGAUUGGGAGAGGUGGAGGAAACAUUUCGUCGAGGUUGAUGAGCAGGAGCGCAUUGUAUCGAUUUUGAAGUCUCAGUUAGCCAAUGCAAUUGAACGAGAGGAUUAUGAAGAAGCUGCUAGGAUAAAGGUGGCAAUUGCAGCUGCUGCUAGGAGCGACACUGUUGGCAGGGUUAUGUCCCAUCUAAAGAAAUCUGUAGAGGAAGAGCGAUACGGAGAUGCAGCUCUUAUACGUGAUCAUGCAGGGGCUGGUUUGGUUGGAUGGUGGGCUGGAACUUCAGAAGAUUCCAAUGAUCCUUAUGGUCGCAUUAUUCAUAUAAGCGCUGAGUAUGGAAGAUACAUUGCUAGAAGUUACAGUCCUAGGCAGUUGGCAACAUCUUCGGUCGGCGCUCCCGUGUUUGAGGUGUACCUAAGAGACAAUCAUGGAGGCGAUUAUAAGCAGCAGGCCGUUUACUUAAAGCGCAAAGGAGCUCCAGAAGAUGUUUAUGUUCCAUCCUUCAAGUCAUCUGGAGGUUCCAGAAGCCUGGACUCUCGUGAUGCAAGAGAUAACAAAAGCAAGCUAUUUGAAAGAAGUUCUGAAGAUACAGAGGAUGGUGAAGAUAUGGACGAUGAUAUUGGUUUUGAUAAUAUCCUGCAAGACAUGAUUCCUGGUGUGAAAGUCAAGGUUGUGAAAGUAACAGCACCAGAGAAGGUCGAUAGGGAUAUCAUAUCUAAGGUGAUUGAACAAAUAAUAGAUGAAGAGGAUGAAGAAAAGGACUAUGAGAUAGAAAGUGUAGAUGCUGACAAUGAGAUCAAAAGCGCUAAUGAGGAUGAGCACAGUGACACUGAUCUGGAUUCUGGUAGUGAAAUAGCCGAGGAAGAUGAGCAACAUCAAAUAGCACUUCAGGUUGUCGUUGGUGACGGUUUCCUCCAGAAAUUGUCUCGUGGUGCCCAUGCUAGAGACUUGCUUCGUGUUCCAGCAAGGCUAGAGAAAAAGGGUCGGAUGACAUUUACAUUUACAGUUGAGGAAGAUGCCAAUGAGCACCAGCCUGGUGGUGAUGGGCCGUCUGCAAAAAACAAAAGAUCUAAGCUUCCAGGUCAACGUAGCAUCGAUAAUCUUAUGCUUGAUUUUGUUAAAUCCAUUGGCAAAGGGAAGAUUCCCAUGAAGGUUCUUCAAGAUGUAGGUGAACUGAUAAAUCUAACACUCAAUCAAGCUCGAAACAGUCAACCACUCUCCGGGUCCACCACAUUUAGUCGCAUUGAUGUUUCUUCGUCUUCAGAUCCACUAAAUGGCUUAUACAUUGGUGCACAUGGGCUCUACACUUCAGAAGUUAUUCAUAUGAGGCGGAGAUUUGGCCAGUGGAAUGAGGAUGGGAGCACAAAGAAACCUUCAAAAAUUGAAUUUUAUGAGUAUGUUGAAGCUGUUAAAUUAACUGGAGACGCUUAUGUUCCAGCUGGCCAGGUUGCCUUUCGUGCAAAAGUAGGAAAAAAGUAUCAGCUUCCUCAUAAAGGGAUUAUCCCUGAAGAAUUUGGGGUGAUUGCUCGAUAUAGAGGUCAAGGAAGAUUGGCCGAGCCUGGAUUUCAGAGUCCUCGAUGGGUUGAUGGUGAACUCGUUAUAUUGGAUGGAAAGUAUAUCAAAGGAGGUCCUGUUGUUGGUUUUGUUUACUGGGCUCCUGAAUAUCACUUCUUGGUAUUCUUCAAUCGACUCAGGCUGCUGGACUGAGUACUUGUCACAUCAAAUUCAGAUGUUAUUGUUUUUGUUUGUUCUUAGAUUAGGAUUUGGGCCCAAGGAAAUUCCAGUUUCCGGUAUCUAGUCGAGGAAGUGUUUGAUGAAACCCCACGCAACUCGUCUUCCCCAACAAUUUCUGUCGCCCAGGAAUAAUGCUUUUCUGUACUUGUGCAGUUGAGGUGGCAAUUAUGGCCCGAGUCCUCUCUCAUCAUACUUGUGGGGAAGUUGGAGAUUUUGAGCAAUCAGGCCAAAUCCUUGUAGCUGACCCUUUCUGGUUAGCUAUGUCAAGCAUAGCGGUAGUCGUCGUGACAUUAACCUACUACUCGAAAUUUUGAGUAGUAAUGUUUACUUGAUAACAGGCUCAUCUAACUUAUGCCCAGCCUGUCCUGCUAUCUUUCUCCUCAGAAUGUAUAUAUCACUUGGCUCCAUUAUGUAUAUAUUUAGCUUCUGCAUCUAUUCCCAUUUGUCAACAAGUUCAGCAUCCAAUGUUGUAUGGGAAUGAUGAUGGUGAUGCAUUGGGUUUCCCCACAGGUUCAUUGUUUCAUAGAUGGCAGUUUUAUUUUGUACCGUGUGAACAUAGUUUAUUGAGAAAAUAGCCUGUAAAUUAUUGAAUGUUGGCCACAAUUAUGAUCUUGCACGCCAUAAAAAGUUUUUAUGUAGCACAAAAA